AUAUUCUGCACUCAAGAAAUACAUAUUCCAGUUGGAAAAGCAAUUUCAUGAAACGGAUUCAGCUUUGAACGACCUAGAGGCGUCUCACGAACGCUCACGACUCAUUUCUUCGAACCGCCACGCCGCAGGGCUCAAAGCGGCCGACACAAUCUUUUCUGGCUUACUUGACAAGGAGCUCGACAAGAUUAUCCUCUUUUAUGCGGAGCAAGAGGCAGACCUCAAAAAGGACAUUGAGAUGCUCGAGCGGGACAUUGUAAUCAAGACCGCAGAAGGAAGCACUUCACGGAUUCGUCCUAACCGAACCUCUAGUCCAAACGACAGACGAACCAGCACAAGCGACUAUGGGGAAAUGGGGAUGAGCCUCGCUUCUACCACCCGACUUUCCCGAAUUGGAAACUCACCCGAAGCCACAAGACGAAGGCGGCGUACGAUUUCGAAUGAUAUGGGACCGAAGAGAAAGUCGGCAUUGUUGGAGAUCAUUGAUCGUGUUGUACCUGGCCGCGACUCGUUCAGUGGCAGCGCGGGCCCAGAGGAUGUCUGGAACUCGGAGACUAACUACGCCAGAGAUGUACGAAUGGUGUUUCAGAGGAGGAUUACUACGCUCUAUAAUACGGCCAACUCGCUCAAGUCGUAUGUCGAACUCAACCAUUCUGGCUUUAGGAAGAUUCUCAAAAAGUACGACAAGGUACUAGACAGCGAGAUCUCUAGCUCCAAGGUCAAUACCUCCAUGAAAAGGUGGAGACCUCCGAUCCCUGGCUACCUGAAACCAAGACCCGCUUGGAUACAUGGAUUGCAAACCUCACCGACGAUUACGCUAGGUGCAUCACCCGUGGUGACCUUCAAAAGGCUCAAAAGGAGCUCAAGGUCCACCAACGCGAACACGUAG